AUGAAGCAAUUUAAAAAUCCCCCAUGGAAAAAUCUGCCAGGUGGAGAAAAGAAGAAAUGAACAUGAACAGAGGAUCUAGGGUUUCCUAGGAUCUCUCUGACGAAGACGAAGACGAAGACGUUGAUCAUCCCCUCUCUGUCUCUCCCUUCCUCUCCUCUCUCCCCUCUUGAAUUGAUAGUUUCGACCUCCGAUUAGGGUAAGCGGCCGCCUAGCUCGGGGAUUUUCGAAUCUGAUUGCAGGGGGAGUUUCGCAAUCGACGUCUGAUUCAGAUCGAAUCCUAAUCGACUCAUCUGUAACAUAACCGUCUACAUGUGUAUGUACAUACAUUGAGAAUUGGAGCAGGGGAAGGAAGUAUUUUGAGAGGGAAAGGAAAUUAUUGAUCUGAUAAUAUGCGGGGAUUUCACAAAUCGAAAAGGGUUACAUGGGCUUCAGAUGUUAACCUUUGUCAGGUGAGGCUAUUCCUAUCAGAAGAUGCUCCUUUCCAAAUCAACUUGGGUGCUCAAGACCAUCUUCAGGCAAAGACAUCAGUGGCAUCAUCACAUUUAGCGGGACCUGGCUCUGAAGAUGCCCUGCCUCCAGGCUUUGAAGCACCUCAACCUUCCUAUCAGUAUCAGAUUAAGUUGUCUGAGAUCCCUCUCAUCCGUUGGAGAUGUCCUAAAAGGUUUGUUCUAAAUCAUACAUGGCGAGUGGUGGCGGGGGAAGAAAGUCUGGAAGUGGAGGUUCAAAGCCAGAGGGAGAUGAGAGUUCUCGAAGCGGUUUACCCUCGAGAAUCUUCUAUACCUCAAAAUCCUGCUUAUGCGGUUGAGUCGGAAGAGUUUAGUCAGUCCGACCUGCAAAUUCCAUCAAUACCCAUCACUCCCAUUGAGGAUGAAGAUGUGUCAGCAGAUCCAUCAUCCAGUUAUGGUGCUCCGAUGAUAUCACAGCCUCCUUUAGUGGCUCCUGGAAUUCCUGGGCCAUCUAAGAUUGCUGAUGAGAAAUCGGGCCCCGAAAUGCCUCGUGGGCUAGAGCCAGAUGUAGCAGCUGCUGCUUCCGCUGCCUUUACAGCAAUAAUGAAGAGCAGCGAGCAGGGAAGCUCUAUUGACCAGAACUUGCUGAUCCAUAUCCUCAGUAAUCCAAAAAUGAUCGAGAAAUUGGUCACUGAAUAUGGUACCGGUGCCAUGAAUAUGUGGAAUACGCCUGAGCCAGUCACAGCUCCGGCAGCUUUAUCCAUCCCUCACCCAGUGACAGGAGCAGUUUCUUCAAGCGGACCUUUUUAUGCUCAACCCAAUGGGCCUAACCCACGGUUCCCUCAGCCAACCUAUUCUCCAGCUCCCCCCCAGCCCACUGUAAGACCGCCUCCUCCUCCUCCUCCAGCAAGAGACAUGAACUACUACAAGAACCUGAUCCAGCAACAUGGAGGAGAGAGACAAGAGUUUGUCGUCCCUCAGUACAGCAACAGCCGUCCCGAACCAGCAAGCACUAACAGUUCUUACAAUGGUCCGAGGCUGAGGGACCCUAAGGGCAAGAUUAUGAAGCCCUGCAUAUAUUUUAACAGCUCGAGGGGUUGUAAGAAUGGCGCAAACUGUUCCUACCAGCAUGAUAGCUCGAUGCAGCCCCGGGCAAAUAGCAUGGGAGAGGUCCAGAAUCCGAAGAGGAUGAAGUUAGAUAGGGAGAUCACAGGUACAUAGAGAGAUUCCUGUAAGUACAAUUUUUCAGAAUCACCGGGGGGGUUGAUUAAGCCCCGUGUUUUUAUAAUCUGCUUCCCCCGUUUAUUUGUUUAUGUUCCAGAAUGCUCCUUUUUGCUGCGGGUAGUUCGAUUUCGACACUGGCGCCCGUUUAGGGAUUAGUAAAUGUGUGAGCGAAUUUCUGUUCAUUCUUGUUAUGCUCAUUUUCUAUACACAGUGCCAACAGAUGGGGGAAAGGUUUGUACUCGCAUUCACUAUGAGAAAUUGUUCCAGAUGAUCUUCUCUUGUUC